AUGAUUGUAAAAUUUCAUAAGAAAACAGAAAGAAUAAAAGGAUUAUCAUUUCAUCCAAAACAACCAUGGCUACUUGUUGGAUUACAUUCUGGAUCAAUAUAAAUGAUUGAUUACAGAUUAGGAAGAGUAUAAAUAUAAUUAAUAUAUAAAUAGACAAUAGAAGAAUUUAUUGAGCAUGAAGGUCCAGUGAGAUCAGUUCAAUUCCAUCAAUCUUUAUGUUUAUUUUUAUCUGGCUCUGAUGAUUUUACUGUAAGAAUUUGGAAUUACAAAACUAAAAAAUGUUAAUUUGUAUUGCGUGGCCAUCUAGAUUUUGUAAGAUGUGUACAUUUUCAUCCAGAAUUACCAUGGUGUGUAUCAGCUUCAGAUGAUUAAACAUCUAGAAUAUGGAAUUAUUAAUCUAGAUAGAUGAUAGCCAUAAUAACAGGACAUAGUCAUUAUGUAAUGCAUUGUGAAUUUCAUCCAUCUAAAGAUUUAUUAAUUACUUGUUCUUUAGAUUAAACUAUUAGAUUAUGGUCUAUUGCAUAAUUGAAGAAAAGAUUUACAUAAAAGAAUGUAAUAUAAGUAAAUUUAAUUUUAAGGUUUAAAAUGAAUAAUAAAAUGAAUUAGAAUUAAUAUAAAUUUUAGAAGGACAUAAUCAAGGUGUGAAUUGGUGUUCUUUCAGUCCAACAGAAAAUUUGAUUUUAUCUGCUUCUGAUGAUAAAAAAGUAAAAGUGUGGAAAUUUACUGAAAGUAGAGGAUAUGAGACUGAUUCUUAUUUGGGACAUAAUGUAAUUGAAUAUUAAUAAUAUUAAAGAACAAUGUAAGUAGUGCUAUGUUUCAUCCAUUUGGUGAAUACUUUAUAUCUGAUUCUGAAGACAAUACCAUAAGAUUUUGGGAUAUGAAAAAGAAAAUUGAAAUAGAUUGUUUUACAAACUAUGAAUAAGAUAGAUUUUGGGUUAGUGCUGUUCAUUAGAAUAAUAAUUAUUUUGCUGCAGGAAGUGAUUCUGCCUUAUACAUAUUUACAUUAUUUAAAAAUAGACCUGCUAUUGAUUUAAUGGAUAAUAAGAACUUAUUUGUUGGAAGCAAAAAAUAAAUCAAAUUAAUAGAUUUAUAAAAUAAUUAAGAAAAAGUUAUUAAGAACUUUUCAGAAAACUCGAUUUCUGAUAAUUUAUUACAAGAUAAUAUUGAAUUUAUCUAAUUAAAUAUAUAUGAAACAAACAAAAAUUAACUUUUAGUCAGAUUGAAAUAGAACACUCAUAAUAAAUAGAGAGGAAUAUGUAAAUAUGUAAUUUUUGAAUGUUAAACCAAUAUAAGUCAAAUGUUUCUUGGUAAGACUGCAAUUUUUAUUGGGAAAUCAAAGAUUCUAAAGUCUAAAGAAAGUUCUGAACUAGAAAUAUAUAACUUUGAAGUUGAUUCUCAUACAGCUCUUGGAUAUAAAGCCGAUAAAAUAUUUUCUUAUUUAGGAGGUAAAGCAAUCUUUUACUCUGAUUAAUUUAUAAAUGUAUUAGAUCCAGUUGCUAAUAAAAUUAUUCAUCAAAUUCCUUGUUCAAAUGAAUUCAAUAAUAUGAAAAAGGUAUUAUCUAAUGAUACAUAUGUUAUGAUUUAAACUAAAAAAACUAUUUAUCUUUUUACAAAAUAAUUUUAAAGAGUUACUUAAAUAUCAGAAUCAAUAAAUAUAAAAUCAGUACUAUUUUUAAGUCGAACAUAAAAUAUAAUAAUAUAUUCAACCAAAGUUCAUAUUAAAUAUUUAUUAAUAAAUGGAGAUUCAGGUAUUUUUGGAACUAUGGAAAGUGUACCUUAUAUUAUUUAAUUACAAUAACCAAUAGAUAAAUAAAGUGAAAAAUAUAAAUUAUUCUACAUGAAUAAUGUAGGUAAAUUAUUAACAAUGAAUAUUGAUUGUUCUGAAAUGCUUUUUAAAUAAGCUUUAAUAGAUAAAAACAUAAUGUUUAUUCAGAAUUUCUUAAAAACACGUAAAAAAAUGGGUGAUUUAAUAACAUCAUAUCUGUAAUAAAAAGGAUACUCAAUGUUAGCAUAUUAAUUAGUUGAUGACAAAAGAGCUAAAUUUCAAUUAGCUUUGGCUUCAAAUAAUUUAGAACUUUCUUAUAGAACUUGUGAUGAUUUAAAGGUUCCUAUCUGUUAUUAAUAAUUAUCUGAAGAAGCUAUGAGACAAGGCAAUCACAAUAUAGUUGAAGUUUGUUAAUAAAAAUUGAGAUCCUCUUAAUAAUUAGCAUUUCUUUAUACUAUUACUGGUUAAACUGAAAAGUUGAAUGUCUUAAGUACAAUUGCUAAAGAAUAAAAUGAACAUAAUACUAGAUUCUAAACUUUAUUACAUUUAGGAAAUAUUAAUUAAAGAAUUCAAUUUUUAUAAGAUUGCAAAUUAGAACAUAUUGCAAAUCUUAGUAAAUUUGUGCAUGGAUUAAAAUAUGAUUAAAAGUUUGUUAUAUCUGAAGAUUUAGAAUGGUUAUAAUCUUUGUAGCCAGAAACAUUAUAACCUCCUAUUUCAAUUAUUAGAUCUAAUCAACAUCCUUUAUUUUCUAUUAAUUGGCCUCAUAAUUUUGUUGAUUAAGAUUCAUCAUAUAAUUUAAUAAUUGAAGAAGAUCAAGAUAACAAAUAAAAUAAUCAACAAUAAUAAUAGAAAUAGACAAGUAAUUUAGAAAAAAAAAAUGAUAAUAAUUUUAAGAUCAUUAAUAAUGAUUAAAAACAAUAAAAUUAAUAAAAAUAAGAUAAUGAUGAAAAUUUCGAAGAUUGUUAAUGGGAAAUUAAUGAAUAAGAACUCUUAGAAAUGCAAUUAAAUUAAACAACUUUAGAUUAUAAAAAUUUGUAAUUUGGAUACCCUGAUUAUAAAAAAGGUAAAAUAUAACUAAUAAUUAAAUAGUUUUAUCACCUGCAGAAUAAUUAGUAACUGGUUAAUUUUAAUAAUGUUAAUAAUCUUUGAAAUAGUCAAAAAAUGUGACAGAUCUUAACUAAUGUAAAGAUUAUAUGAAAUAAUUGUGUUUAAGUUCAAUCAUGUAAAUAUCUUAAAUACCUUUUUUAUAAUCUGCCCCAUAAUUGAUACAAUCUCUUUAAGAUAAAUAACAUUUUAAUAGGACAUCUUAGAAUUUAUUAAAAUAAGGAUAUAAGUAAACUACUGAUGGUAAAUUUCAAGAUGCCUUAUAUACUUUUAAGAAUAUUUUGAAAUAAGCCUUAUUUCAUGAUAAAAGCACUGAUAUUAUUCCAAUCUGUUUAAAUUAUAUUAUGGCUAUGAAUUGUGAAUUAAAAAAAAAAGACUAAAGUGUAUCUAGACAAAUUGAAUUAGCUUGUUAUAUGGCUAUGUGUGAUUUGUAGCCAAUACAUCGUUCACUUACAUUAAGAGCAGCUAUGAGUUUAGCUUAUAAAUAUAAAAAUCAUUUGACUGGAGCUCAAGUAGCAAAAUAUUUAUUAAAACUUUUAGAAAAGGCUCCAUAAGGAUCAGCUUAUGCUAAACUUGAAGUUAUUGAGAAUGUUAAGAAAGUAUUCAAAUAUUUAUAUUCUAGAUCCUCAAAAAUUGUGAGCAAUUAUCCAGGAAUGAGCAUUAAAUUGAUUUUGAGGAAGACUAUUUAUAACAAGGUUGUAAAAUUAUAUUUGCUGAUACUUUGACAAUAUAAAAAGGAUCAAAUUACAAUUAAUGUCUUUUUGAUAAAGCAAUACAUUCUUAAAAAGGAAACCUUUGUUAAAUUUGUGAUUUGUGUUAUAUUAAUUGA